AAAAGCAUUGCCUACUAUAAAGGAGCUGCAAAGGAAGCGGGGAGAGCUGCCACUCUACUGAAGAAAAGAGCUCGUGAACAGGAAGAGGCUGAAGCUAAAAAGAAAAAGAUUGAAGAAGAACUUGCUAUUGGGAACAUCCAUAAUAAAUUUGCCACGCAUUAUGACGCUAUUGAACAGUCCCUAAAGUCAAGCACAAUUGUUCUGGUCACCUUGACUGAGAUGAAAGCAAGACAAGAGAAUGUCAUUAAAGAACGGGAGAGACAACUUGCAAAGAAAAAUGCCGAGGCUCGGCUGAUUGCAAAAACAAAAAGAGAUAAAAAGAAGAAGGAUCAGAGGAAGAUAACAAUGCUGUCAUUUGAUCUGGAACAAGAAGCAGAAGAUGAUGAUGACGACAAGGAGGAAGAGGCCAGGCCUUCAGAUGAUACUGAUGAUACAAUGUCAGAAACAGAACUGUCAGAAGAACUCCGUGAUUUGGCAGAAGAAAAGAGAGAGCAGAAAAGAAGAAAAAGGCUGGGUAUGAACCCAGAUGUUGACACCAGCUUUCUACCUGAUAGAGACAGAGACGAGGAGGAAAACAAACUAAGAGAAGUUUUGCGCCAAGAAUGGGUGGCUACACAAGAAAGAAUUAAAAAUGAGGAAAUCACAAUUACCUACAGUUAUUGGGAUGGCUCUGGACAUAGGCGACAGAUCAAGAUGAAAAAAGGAAAAACAAUCCAACAAUUUUUACAGAAGUCUCUGGAGAACUUACGUAAAGAAUUUAAUGACCUAGUUCCAGUAUCCGUGGACCAGUUGAUGUAUGUGAAGGAAGAUCUGAUCAUACCCCACCAUUACUCCUUCUAUGACUUCAUAGUAACCAAGGCGCGAGGUAAGAGUGGACCCCUAUUCAACUUUGAUGCUCAUGAUGACAUAAGAAUUGUCAAUGAUGCUAAGAUAGAGAAGAGUGAAUCCCAUGCUGGCAAGGUCUGUUUGAGGAGCUGGUAUGAAAGAAACAAGCACAUAUUUCCUGCAAGUCGCUGGGAGCCCUAUGACCCUGAGAAAAACUGGGACAAUUACACAAUCUUUGACAAAAAUGCUGUCAAAAUUACUGUUAAGUAA